AUGUCGGGGGAAGAUAAAAUAGAUAUUGAGAAGGAAUUGGACAAUCUUCUAACAAAAGUUCAACCUAACUUACAAGAUGUUAUCAAAAGAAGCUUUACCAACGUUGCACUGCAGCAAACCAAAAAUGGUGAACAAACUAAACCAGACACAUUGGAAGAUACAUCUUAUUUUGCUAAAAACACACAAGUAAUAUCAUUGUCAAACAUGACUGCAGACGUUAACGUUGGCCUCAUCCUAGAAGACGAUGCUUUCUCUUUCAUCAAUCCUGGAAUAGAGUUUGUUCAUGAUGAAGUACUUGUCAAGCUUUCGUGGCCUUCGCCGCAAAGAGGUGGAGGUUACGAUUUUUCCACAACAGAACAGCUAGCGAAACACAUAGAUGAUCUCCCACUGACGGCUGCAAUAUCAUUGCCACUUUACGCGUUGCUAAGAGAGAAACUACAGAGACACCUCGAGCUCGUACUGAGACAAGCCACCAGCGUUUCUGAAGUUGUGUGUUGCAACCCUAGUCUAUUUGAAGCUUAUACCGCUAUGGUGGAUUCGUUAGCAGCUAGAGGCAAUAAAGUAGUGGACAUGUUAUUGAUAAACAUGCGACGGACGCUUGCUGCAGACGUGCCGAGAGCUUUUAGACCUGCCUCCACUCCAAGCCACCUUUAUGCACAAGGCAAAUUCGAAACUGAGCCAGGGUGGGUGAAGAACUUGGCUACCAUCAACCGAGUGAGUGACGUCAGUGUCACACAGCCUCACCCCAUGCAAACCUGCUUCCACUUUACUCUAAGAAUAAAAGACUUUCAGAUCGGUUACGACGAGUAUAGAAUAAAGGCGAUAGGUAUAUCGAGUAGCGGCCGCGUGGCAGCUACAUACUCGCGCGCGUCUUUACACGCCGCCAUUACAGUAGGACUUGUACACUGGGAGCCGUACGCGCAACUAGACGACUUACGGGUACAGCAUAUGGACUCUAUGGACAUCCAUAUAACUGGUCUGGGUCCCCUGAGCUCGGUCUCGUCGUUGGUGGGGGCGUGGGUGAGGGGCGCGGGGGGGGCGCACGCGGCGCCCGCAGUCGCGCGGCAGCUGCAGCACGAGAUGCACGUCGCGCUCGCGGAGCUACCGGUCUGGGAUAUUAUGAGGCACGGGAAAUCAUGGCCUGCUCAGUGAACAGAAAUUAUUGCAUUAUUUCACAUUAUAUAGCACUGGAGUGGUUCGUGACACGCAUAUUUUCAUAAAACUAAUUUUAAAUAGCAUAACUAUCGAAAGUCUAAUGGCUGGCUUACACGUGAUUAAGUAGAUAAGUAAAAAAUAGAUACGUAUAAUGUACACAAAUAAGGAAUAAGUAGUAAGUUUUUUCAAUCUCAUCAUUUAUCUUUAUCUAAGUAAAAAUAUUGGAAACUGCUUAUGAGCUUAAUUGAAUUUAAAAGAAGAAUCUACUUAAUACGUAUCUACAUAAUUACGUGUAAACCAGCCAUAAGUAAAAUGAAGCUUCGUUGUUUUCACGCUAUUUCUUUGUAAAUACAU